CGUAACGGGGGGGAAUCGAAUCGACCACCGGUCACCACCACCAUCAUCAUCACUGCUCUUGAAGGGCAACUCGAUUACGAUGUUCUCCGCGAUCGUUCGCUUCUCGUUACGUGAGCGAUGCUGGCGAGCCGGCUCGAGGGGCAUCACCGGGGCCGCCACGUGGAGGGGGAGGAGAGCAGAGGUCGUGCCGCGCGCUGUCAUCUCACCUCUGUGGAAGCAGCAGCAGCAGCCGCCACGCCACCCGAGUGCAGUGUGCGCUCGCUUCCUGGCGGACAGCGCCACCGCGGACGCCUCGGUGCACGACCGAGUGAUGCUGGUGCUGAAGGCGUAUGACAAGGUGGACCCGCAGAAGCUAACGCUAGAGUCUCACUUCCUGAAAGACCUGGGCCUUGACAGCUUGGAUCAAGUGGAGCUCAUCAUGGGCAUCGAGGAUGAGUUUGGUUUUGAAAUCCCCGACUCGGACGCAGAGAAGCUGCUCACAGCUAAGGACGUCAUCGCCUACGUCAGCAAGAAGCUCAGCGAGUAGCACGCCGGAGAGCCGGGGGGGGGUGGCGGCAUCACCGGCGCGGCUUGAGGUGUGCGUCUCGCAAGGGCACGGCGACACGGCGACAAGCCGGCCAGCCGACACGGGCCCCGAUGCUCUUUCACGUUGUGAUCAUCUUCAGCUUGGCGUGCCGCGCGCACGGAAGCUUACGAGCGACGCGUUGAUUUUGCCGGUGUCAAAGUGGAGAAAACAUGAGAAUGUGUCGAUUUAAAGCUUUCGUGACUGCAGGGAUUCAUCUUCUUGGUUCUUUCGGUAAAGUCACGUAGAAUGGAAAUAAUACAAUGAUAAAAAUAAAACAUAAUACAAUAACUCACGGAGAAUGGAAAUAAUAAAAUAUUUAAAAUAAAACAUUAUUAAAUAAUUCUCAAUUUUAUUAUGUUUUAUUUUUAUUAUUUUAUUACUUCUAUUCUACGUGACUUUACGGAAAUAACCAAGAAAAUGAGAAUGUGCUUUACGCUCUAUGGCAAUAAAAUGGGAUUCGUGUUAAGAGUUUCAAACACCAAAUAAGGUGCCUUUUUCAAGGAUUCGAGUUCCUGCAUGAACCAGACGCAAUUCCUUGCGGUGAACACGCAAACACAAUCGCGUGGCUUUGAUGACAAUCUAUGAUGCAUUCAAUCUUGAUUUGAAGUUUUCGUGACUGCAGGGAUCCAUACUCUUUGGUUCUUUCGGUAAAGUCACGUGGUCGUGUGUGUGCGUGUUUUUUUUCAGGGUGAAAAUCGUCGUUAGCUUCGGCACUGAACAAGACGCACCUUUCACUAUUUAAACAAUAAAAUCUGAACGCGAAAGAAA